AUGUCUUCUUCCACCAAACCUGCAAUUCUGUCGGCUUUGGCCUUUUUAUCUCUCUUCUUUUCCAUUGCUCUGUCCUCUUGCAGCGAUGACUUCAAUAAUAAGGCCAAGGAUGUAAACAUCACAAACUGCAAGGAAUUGACAACAUUAGGAGCUGAAUUCGGCUGGAACCACACUAGCAGCGGCCCCAACGGGACAAAGGUUCGCAUAAUUUUAGGUGCAAGGCUGCAGAGUGAAAUGGGUUGGCUAGCCUGGGGAGUCAACCCAGGAAAGAGCCCGCAGAUGGUUGGAACCAGGGCAGUCAUAGGCAUUAGACAGCAAAACAAAUCACUGGUAAUCAAGACAUACAACAUCCCCAAAGACACAAAGCUCGGCUGCCAGCUCCUGCCUUCAGAUAACAUCGGCGUGGAAGUUUCAAAUGCGAAAAUAGAAUACGUGCAAAAAACACGAUACCUGGUUAUUCAUGCCACGAUGAUUCUUCCUUUGGAGAAGUACAACAUUUCGGAGUUGAACCAUGUGUGGCAGGUUGGGGAUUACGCUGAAGAUAUGCAGCCGAAAAUGCAUCCCACAGCUCUGCAGAAUGUGGAUAGCACUGAGACUAUAGACUUGGGAAAUGGGCAUGCUCAUAGCGUUGGACAUCAUCGCCGUCACCUUAGGAUGGUGCAUGGGAUUCUGAACAUGGUAGGGUGGGGAACACUCUUGCCCAUUGGUGUGAUUAUCGCAAGGUACUGCAGGAGACAUCCGAUUAAUCUUCAUCAUUAUUGGUUUGUUCUUCAUGCCGGCUGCCAGAUUACUGGCUAUGUUCUUGGCACCACCGGCUGGGCCAUUGGUUUAUGGCUUGGACACGCUUCAAAAUACUACACCUUUCACACCCACCGGCUUCUCGCCAUAUUCAUAUUCACCUUUACCACAUUACAAAUGCUGGCGUUACGUUUUAGACUAAAGGAAAACGAUGAUUAUCGCAAGCACUGGAACAUGUACCAUCAUUUUCUUGGCUAUGCACUGCUCGCUACGAUUGCUGUGAACAUAUUUCAAGGGAUUGCCAUUUUAGAGCCCAACGACAGAACUUGGAAAUCGGCUUAUAUUGGAAUUCUUGGAUCUUUGGCAGCCAUUACACUGGCCUUCGAGGUUUUCACCUGGGCAAAAUUCUAUAAAUUAAAACGCUCAAAGAACGCGCCUCCACCUAAUAAGCCAUCAAAUCCACAAACCUGA